AAGUCAUCGGACCUGUCAAUCAUCUGGUCGGCGCCCUUUGAUGUCGGGACUCCUCUCUCCCUGUCUUGGGCUCAAAUGAGCUGUUUGCUGUUGUAAGGAAACAUUAGUCCUCUACCAACCAAGCAGCCGGGGGACGACACAUCUUAACUUUUUUUUCCCCCUGCAUGUGGUGUGGUUGUUUCUGCACUUUGGAGGCGCCCCAGACUGAGGAGAUUUAACAGAAAAGAAGUCCAUUGAUUCUUCUUCCCCCCCUUCAUUUAUACUUUUUUUUUAUUAUUAUUUCAUUAUUAUUGUUUUGUUUUUUUAAAGCGUAUACUAAUAUCGCAGGGGGAGAAGGGAAGUAGACAUGCCUCAGCUCAGCAGCGGCGGCGGGGACGACCUGGGAGCGAAUGAUGAGAUGAUAGCGUUCAAAGACGAAGGGGAGCAAGAGGAGAAAAUCCAAGAAAACGCGUUCACGGAGAGAGACCUGGCCGACCUCAAGUCCUCUCUGGUGAACGAGUCGGAAAUAAAUCAAAGUCCGAACGCAGCGGCGGUGAGGCGGGCGCAGCAGGUCGAGCAGAGGGGCUUCGCGGAGAAGCACCGGGAGCAUCUCGACGGCGUGUCGAAGCACCAAGAUGGAGGCAUGUACAAGACGCCGGCAUAUCCAGGGUAUCCGUUCCUGAUGCUGCCUGACCCCUACCUCCCCAACAGCUCGGUUUCUCCAUCUUCCAACAAAGUGUCGGUGGUCCAGCAGUCUCACGGGAUGCACCCGCUGACGUCCCUCCUGCCCUACAGCAACGAGCAUUUCAGCCCGAGUCCUCCACACCUGCCCACAGACAUGAGCCAGAAGACAGGUGAGAACACACACACACACACACACACAAAAGAUUCACAGCCGCUUAUACUGACUUGCACACAUUUGUGGGCUGAGGCCGAGCUGAUUCUGUCCCGGCAGGUGAGCCGCUGCACAGAGACACUCUCCUUUCUCCUCAGGAACAAACUGCUGCCUGCUCCACAGUUUGUCAUCAAGAUGGCCAGCAUUGCAGACAGCGCAUUACCCGCCUACACUCGCUACUAA